AUGGACUCCCGCACGUACACCCAGGUGAAGGGAAAGAAGACAGGCACGGCGGCGGGCAUGGCAGCCGGCGGGGGCGACAGGCUGACGAUCGGCAUGAAGCGUCUGGACUCGCUGGAGGACCUGGAGGAAAAGAUGAGCCCAAGGGAGGCCGUGGACCACGUUGCCAAGGAGGUGGCCCUGGUGGCGAGGCUGUCGGUGAGCCUGUGGGCGCAGCUGGGGCUGGGUGGGCGUUGGAUUGUGGCUGCCUGGCAGCUUUUCUUGUAUGCCGCACUGCUCAUGCCAGGUUUGAUACAGGUGGUGUUCUACUAUUUCUUCUCACCUUCCGUAACCAGGAGCAUCAUCUACAGCAAGAAGCCCCGCAAUAGGCUGGAUUUGUACACACCUUCAUCGAGUCAAGAUGGGCGAGCUUGGCCCGUGGUGGUUUUUGUCACAGGUGGGGCUUGGACCAUAGGAUACAAGGCCUGGGGUGCUCUGCUUGGAAAGAGGCUCAGUGAGCUUGGAAUCCUGGUGGCAUGUUUAGACUACAGAAAUUUCCCCCAGGGCAAUGCUCUUGAUAUGCUGGAGGAUGUCAACACGGGGGUGGCAUGGGUGUUGCGCCACAUUGGCAGGCAUGGAGGGGACCCUGAGAAUGUCUAUUUAUGUGGCCAGUCCGCUGGGGGUCACCUUUUGGCGCUCGUCCUCCUCGCUCAGGUGCAACGCAAGCUGGCAGGGCGAUGCCGUUUGUUAAAGGGCCGAACUUGGGACCCCAGGAGAACAAAGGGCUUCAUAGGGGUCUCUGGAGCUUACAGCCUGGACGGAUUGAGGGAACACCUACACAGGAGGGGGCUGUGCAAAAGCCUGUUUGAGAGCAUCAUGAGCUUGGACGGAAAGCCAGCCUUGGUGGAGCUGUCGCCAACGUACUUCGCGAGGAAGUUGGGUCUGAGGCUACGUGGUGAGCUGCCAGAGGUUCUUCUGCUGCACGGAAAGGCUGACAAAUCUGUCCCCUGCAUGUCUUCCUCCACUUUCUGCGAGGCCCUAAACUCUGGAGGCGUCAAAUGCGAGUGCCGACUGUAUGAAGGCAAAUCGCACACCGACCCCCUUGUGGACGAUGCACUACGGGGAGGGCGAGACGCGCUCAUGGAAGACAUCGUCGAAAUGGUGUUGAAGCGCAAGAUUCAGAAAUGGCAGGCUCCCCUGCUCCCUGGCUUCUUGGUGACUGCCGCGUCUUUUGUGUGCCCAUUUUAG